UCUAAAUAAAAAACCCGAGUAUACCAUGCAUUUUCUCGGGUCAUCUUUUAUAGACCUUGUAGAUUUUGCCUGACUUCCUUCCAAAGACCAGAAAAGCAAUGGAUUCUUCUUCUCUUGAUACUGCCAGGUUUCAGCAGCUCCUUGAGCAAGAGAAGCAGCGGGCCAUGCUCAAUCAGAUGGUAGCGAAGCUAACCAAUGUCUGCUGGGAUAAGUGCAUCACUGGAAGCGUCGGGAACAGCAUCAGCCAUAGCGAAGCCACUUGCCUAUCCAACUGCGCCCACCGAUUCAUGGAGUUGAGUAUGUUGACCAUCCAACGCUUCAAGAGCAUGCAAUAGUCGAGCGGGACGGGAAUGUGUUGGGCCCCAUUUGGGGCUGGCUCUGAUUGAAAAGUUUCUUCGUUGUAGUACUUUCAUGGAUUCUCAUACAUUUUGCUUUUCUAUAUGGAUUGGAGUGUUCUUAUUUUAAGGGAGAGUAGAAUUUUCAUAUUGCAACUGGGAGUAUUUGUGUUUGAAUAAGUUCGGAAAAUCCAUGUUCUAUUUCAUUUUGGAAUUGAGAUUUACACACCAUUUGUGAGACACAAGAGGAAACAGUUUCCUCCCUUGAUUUGCA